CUUUUACAGACUGGUUUACUGAUGAUAUAGAAAAUCACGGCGGAAACAUCUCGAGUGUUAAUCCUGGUAAUGUGAUAAUCAUUUGCAACAACAAUAGAAUGCAUCUGUUAUACGUUUUGAUAGUAGCUGUGUUGCCAGUAUUAGUUUCGUCAAAUCGAAAUGUUAACAUGAGUACUCUACUGGACGCAUAUACGUUAACAUGUGGACAAAGAUUCUGUUACAAUCAUGAUCACAAUCUGCCUGACACGUCAAGGUAUGAUUAUUUGUGUCCAUAUUGCAGUUGUAAUCCGAGAUGUUUCUACUUUGGAGAUUGUUGCGUUGAUAUGUUUCUCUCACUUAAUAUAGAAUGUACAAAUAUCACCAUCAUAUCAUACUUUGAGCAAGAGUCGUUAUCCGUUCUUGAAGACUUUUUUAUAAUGAGAACUUCUUGUCCCGAUGGCGUAGAUAUUGAUAUCAAAAACCGGUGUGAGGGAUCAAAGAAUGUGACAGAGCAAAUUCAAAAUCUACCAGUUACAUCAAAAGAAACACGUUUUACAUAUAAGAACAAAUUUUGUGCUGAAUGCUAUAACGAUCUUAACAUUGAAAAUUGGUCUUUUGGUUCAAUUUGUGAAGACUUCACUGAUUUCAACUUUAUGUCAUCGUUUGAUGAAAUAAUCCAAAACGCAAUGAUAAAAAAAUGCAAAUUUGGAAGCUUUUCGAAAAACGCUUAUGUCAGAGGAUGUGACAAAAACCGCAGAAUUGACAUAAUAUCAACCUGCAAUGUCAGUGGAACAUGGGAAACCUACGAUCCAAGUAUAGAAUGGGCAUGCAUCAAUUACGAAAACUUUUACGGUAUGUUUAGAAAUAUAUUUUGCUACAUUUGCAACCCCCCAGUAUUCCAAGAACCUGCCAUUUCACAAUGUAAUGAAACAGGUCUCUGGGAGACACAAGAUACGAAACAGAGAAAUGCCUGCCGGGAUUUUGGUUUUACAUCAACCACUUAUCCGUUCAAAAAUGUAUUUUGCUACAUCUGUAACGUUCCUCUUGAUAAGUUUAGUUAUGAGCAAUCAAAUGACGCCUAUAUAUUUAGUUCACAGUCUGUGUAUAAAGAAAGAUAUUUCAAAUACCAGUUACAAAUAGAUUAUAUCUUUGAUGAAACUUUUUUAUCGGGGCUUUAUGAUAAUAACAAUAUUAUAGAUAAAAAAGAGGAAACACAUGAAACUGAAGACAUAUACCUACAGUAUUACGCAAUGACCGGUAAUGGACAUUUUUGUACAAACGUAUCUAGUUUAGUUCAAUUAGAUACUACUUGCUCGUGCAAUGAAUUCUGUCAUUUUGACAAAACAGUUCCAUGUUGCAUUGAUAAAGUUUUUAAGCAAUCUACUCAAUGUAUCAGCUCUGGCGCCAAUAAUUUCUUAGUUUAUGAUGGAUGUGAAAGUGCUAGCAAUGGCUUUAAUGGUUUAUAUGAAAAAUGUGUCAGUAAAAAUAACAAUUUACUUUACGAUUUGCCAGUUAAUGAUUACAACAACUAUGUUGAUUAUAAAAACAUUUUCUGUGGUCUUUGUCGUUAUUUUAAAGACCCAUCCGACAUGUCUAUUCCGUACCAGUUUUAUCCAUGGUUAGUUGACCUUGUAUGCGAGACAAGCUUACCUAUAGCAUACCACGUGUCUCUGUCAGAGUUGCUAGAGUAUAGACAUCAGUCUAGAUGCAAAGUAUCAUACUUAAGUCGUGUUUGUGGGAAAUGGUGUUCAAAAAAUCAACAAACAAAGCAUUGUGGUAGUAAUGUUAAUUCGUCAUUGGAAUAUGCAUGCCAGAAUUAUAAUGCACCACCGUAUGAAGUAGCAUAUUACAACAAGAUAGAUAGCUCGUCCUUAAAGAAUUUUCCAAAUAUAUUUUGUGCCAUGUGCAAUUAUACGACGACCGGAAUGUCUAUAGGCAGCUGUAAUGUAACGGGUGAUUGGGACAAGUAUAACGAACAGAUUGAACAUAAUUGUUUUCUUUUACCUCAAGUAGACUAUCAUAAACCCUUUAAAAAUAUAUUUUGUAAAAUGUGUAAUGCAAAGUCCCAAAAAUACGAUGAUAAGUUCAACAAGGACCCUACAUGUAUACCUAGUGUUAUAGAAAAUGAGGUGACACAUAUUCGUAGUCUGUUUUCAUUGCUUUUAUACGAUGAUUCAUCUGAUCUUGAUAGUCCAAAAGAGGGAUGUUACAGACAUCAAGUUUAUGACUCUUACGUGGAACAGUGUCGAGAUAUCGUAUGUUUUCCUGGACGAGUAUUGAUUAACGACAGAUGUCAACCAAUGCUUCCUUUUACCUCAAACAAAGUACUCCUGAAGUUUUUUGUACAUUAA